GUUUGAUAUCUCUGAUUUUAAUUCCAGUUUCGUAAAUGAAUGAAAUAUAUUCUAAGAAUCAAAUGAAAUAAAUAAAGUUGUCCAUUAUUCACUAAGAACAAAAAUAAAGUAAUAGUGACAGAUAUAAUUUCACAACUAUUAUGCUUAUGAUUCAAUCACAAAAAUUUAUAUAAAUAACUGUUAUCAUGACAAAUCUACCUCUGUGUUAACAAUUUCUUAUUAGCUUUGUGCAAUAAAUUGUUAUGUGAAGUUUUGGAUAAAAUUCAUAGAACUAAGAGUGCGUAUGACAAUUUGUUUUGUGGCGUGGUUAUGUUUUGUAGUAUAAGUAAAUCAUUAAAAUUAUAGUACGUACCGGUGAUAAGUGAUUUGUGAAAAUGUCCAAGAUGAAAAUUGAGGAUGUAGAUUUAUAUGCUAUACUUGAUCUUCAAAUUACUGCUACAGAGGCUGAGAUAAAAAAGGCUUAUCGAAAAAAAGCUUUACAAUGCCAUCCAGAUAAAAAUCCAGAUGAUCCUAAAGCAGCAGAAACAUUUCAUGAGUUGUCUCAUGCUUUAGAAAUUUUAACAGAUGUACAGGCUAGAGCUGCAUAUGACAAAGUUUUAAGGGCUAAAGCAGCAGCUAAACUAAGACAUCAAGAACUAGACAGUAAGAGACAAAAACUUAAAGAAGAUCUAGAGAGACGGGAAAGAGAGGCAAUUUCCGGUGCUGGAGCUAGCAACUUAACAGAUGAACAAAAACUUGCUGCUGAAAUAGAGAGAUUACAGAAAGAAGGCAGUCGACUGCUACAAGAAGAGCAACAACGGAUUAAAGAAGAAAUACAAAAAAAUAUGGGAUGUCAACCAGCUUGGGAUUCAUCAUUAAAUAGAAUAAAAAUCAAAUGGAAUGUAGACAAAAAUGACCCAAACAAUGGGGGUUAUGAUGAAAAUAUGUUAAGAAGAUUUUUAAAGAAAUAUGGUAGUAUUGUAGCUUUAAUUAUGUCCCCUAAAAAGAAAGGGAGUGCAUUAGUUGAAUUUGCUACAAAGGAAGCAUCAGAAAUGGCUGUUGAUUUUGAAAAAGGUUUAGCAGACAACCCACUUACAUUGAAAUGGUUAAAUAAGAAGCCUAUAGAUACAUCAACAAAAAAUUUUGGAGGGCCUUCACUAAUAUCAGAUAGAGACUAUGAAUCACUAGUUUUAACAAAAAUGAGACAAGCAGCUGAAAGACAAAGACUAAUAGAAGAAAUGAUGAAAGAAGAAAAUGAAACAUGACCAAUUAAAUUUCUGAAAACAU